AUAGCGUCGAAAUAAGUGGAGCUGCUACACACAAAAAAAAGGAUAGAGCAAGAAACGAUAAAAAGGGGCGUAUCCAAGAUGCACAUCGCUAUAGAUGGGUGCGCUCAUGGGGCCUUGGAAGAGACAUACGCCGCCAUUGCCGAGUGUCAGGCGCAAACGGGCCAGAAAAUCGAUCUCUUGUUGUGUUGCGGCGAUUUUCAAUCCGUCCGCAAUCUCCGGGAUCUUCUAUGUAUGGCGAGACCCGACAAGUACAAGGACAUGUGCUCGUUCUACAAGUACUACUCGGGCGAAAAAGUGGCGCCGAUCCUUACCCUCUUCAUUGGCGGCAAUCAUGAAGCCAGUAAUGUCUUGCAAGAACUACCCUAUGGGGGUUGGGUGGCGCCCAAUAUCUACUAUCUAGGUUAUGCCGGGGUUUUGAAUGUGGGCGGGGUGCGGAUUGGCGGAUUAUCCGGGAUUUUUAAGCCGGAUAACUACCUCAGGGGCCACUUUGAACGUCCGCCUUACAACAUGUCGACUUUGCGGAGCGCUUAUCACAUUCGUAAUUUGGAGGUGUUUCGGAUGAAACAAUUGGCUCCGGAUCCGCCUCAGAUUGUUAUGAGCCAUGACUGGCCCGAGGGUGUGGAUAAAUUCGGCAAUCUGGAAGGGCUGCUCGACUUGAAACCGCAUUUUAGAGAUCAAAGCGAUGAACAUCGAUUAGGCUCGCCCCCCACACGCGAGGUUUUGGAUAUCGUUCAACCCGAAUAUUGGUUCUCCGCUCACCUGCAUUGCAAAUACGCGGCCGUAAUCGAGCAUGAUGGCGGUCGAAACACCAAAUUCCUGUCCUUGGAUAAGUGCUCAAGUGGGUCACCCUUUCUCCAGAUUUUGACCGUAGGUGCCGAAAUCGAGAGCGGAGAGGUGUCCUUGGAGUACGAUCCCGCUUGGUUGGCUAUUCUGAAGUCUACCAAUCAUUUACUAUCUGUGAAUCGACGAACCCAUUACAUGCCUGGGCCGGAUUCCGAUGAACGGUACGAUUUCCAACCUACGUCCCAAGAAAUUCAGGAAGUGGAACGCCUGUUUGAAGGAGAUUUCCGGGUCCCGAGGAAUUUUCAAAAGUCCGUGCCAGCGUUUGAUCCUAAACGCGAAAGUAUUCAAGAUUUGUAUCAUCUCAAGCAGUCUCAAUUCGAGCUCAACCUUGACACAGUGGCAUUCACGGAGAAGCUUCAGAUCGCCAAUCCGGUGACCAUGUUGAUGUCCGAAUCAGAAGUACGAAAGCAAUUGGAAGUCCCCAAGGAAUAUACUCCAUUACAAUUAGUCAGCACCAGACUCCUUUCGAGAACCAUGGUGCCAACGACUGACGAUGUUUGAAAUGUCAAGAAGGAUUAUCGUCAAUUCUGUAUUUGUUAAUCGUUGAUGGUCAGGGGCAGGGUGCUCGACGAAAGCCACGUUGAACUUUUAAGUUGUUUUACUCGCAUCAAGAUGAAUAUAUCUUUGAGCCAUUCGAAUUGAGACUGAAAAAUCAAAAUUACUCAUUACUAGACAUCGAGGAAGAAAGUUAAAACGUGAAAAAAAAAACUUUUUAACCUUUUUUUUCUAAAUUGUGCCUAAAAGCGGAGACUAGUAGGUGCUUCAAACGACCUUUUCCCAUUUGAAACAGUUUUUUG